AUGAGUGAGACAGAAUAUGCAGGGGAUCAAAAGUUUAAGGAUUCAGGAAUAAGAGAUCCUGCGGAACACAAAAUAGCCAAGUGCACUGGAAAACGAUGGGAUAAAAUGAAGGAGAGUGUAUUUUAUGGAGAAAAAGGGAAAUCCUUUUACACUGCAGAGCGGAGAUUUUCCCUCUGACCCUGCAAAACCCUGCAUCGGCUAUUGACUAAUUUGUGGCUGGACUCAAAGCACCGAGAUGUUCAGUGUGAUGAAACUCUGGAGCAGCCGUGGUUUGCAUGUGGGCUGCUCCCACAGGAUCUCCAAGCGUGGGUGGACGGGGCUAAGGAAAAUGGUUUUGUCCUCGUCUCCUUUGGAGCUGGAGUGAAAUACCUGUCGGAAGAGAUAGCAGAUAAGUUAGCACAUGCUCUGGCCAGACUGCCUCAGAGAGUUAUUUGGAGGUUUUCAGGAAACAAACCAAGGAAUUUAGGCAACAAUACAAAGCUUAUAGAGUGGUUACCACAAAAUGACCUCCUUGGGCACUCGAACAUUAAAGCUUUUCUUAGUCACGGAGGUUUGAACAGCAUUUUUGAAACAAUGUACCACGGGGUCCCUGUGGUGGGGAUUCCCCUUUUUGGAGACCAUUAUGAUACCAUGACGCGUGUGCAGGCCAAAGGCAUGGGAAUACUGUUGAACUGGAAGACCGUCACCGCGAACGAAUUGUACGAAGCCCUUGUAAAAGUUAUUAAUGAUCCCAGCUACCGACGGCGGGCCCAGAGGCUCUCUGAGAUUCACAAAGACCAACCUGGUCACCCCGUUAACCGGACGGUAUAUUGGAUUAACUACAUCCUCCGCCACAACGGAGCCCAACAUCUACGUGCUGCUGUUUACAGCAUCUCUUUAUAUCAGUAUUUCUUACUGGAUAUUGCCUUUGUUGUACUAGCAGGUGCUGCCUUACUUUACUGUGUUUUGGCCAGGAUAACAAAAUUUAUCCGCAGACAGAGCAAACACCUUUGGUCGAAUGACAAACAUAGCGCUGUUAACGGACAUUACCAGAAUGGGAUCCCCAACGGCAAAUAUCGAAGAAACGGCCACAUUAAGCAUGAAAAGAAGGUGAAAUGAGCCAACCGCCCCAUGUAAAGUAGUCCUGAAAUCAGAUCAGUAAUUUUAUCGCUGUAACUUAGUCUAACAACUACUUAAAACCUCAGUAAGCAGUUCUAACACUCCCCUUCAGUCUGUAAUAUUAUGUGACAAGAUU